AGGGAAGAGGGAAGGAAGAGAGUCGUAUCACUGGGCUGGUUCUGCUUUUCUUUGUUUUGGGCUGUGUCCCUGGCUGGAGCUGUUUGCUCGCUUGCUACAAUGUCUCUGUCCCCAGUUGUGGCUGGAAGCUCCGCCCCCCUCAGUAGCAGGUGUCUGCACAGAGCAGGAAGUAAGGGUGACUGUCGUUCCUGGCUGCCAAUUUCACACACUUGUCACCGACACUCUCCCAUCCCCGCUCGUCUUCCAAACACCAGGCCGUCGGCACCUUUUCAUUAGGCACCUUCACGGGUAGAUUAUAGGAGACCCUUUAACCUCCUUAAACUCGCCUGUUUCUCCCCCCCCUUCCAUCGCCAUGUCUCGAAAGGCUUGUUUUUAAAGGACUGAAAAGUUUUCCAGGGAUCUGAUCCCAGAGCAGCGGAAACACUGGGAACCCCACCUGGAUCUCGAGAGUCCCGAAACUUCACCAUGGACCUGAACUACGUGGAUCGACUUCAGGACCCCAUCUCGCUGGAAGGGUGCAGCCAAGAUGCCGCCAGCCCUGAAGUCGAGCUGAACUUCUCCGACCUGUUUGACUAUGAUACUAUUUAUCCAGACGCCGCAGAAGAAGACACGAAUCCUUCACAUAAAACCAUCAGCCCACCACCUGGAGUUGCGUAUUCUCAUGGCGAAUUAUUCAUCAAGUCAUACAGUAACCUGCCAUACCAUAGGGAUGCCAUGGGCACCUAUGAACAGACAGAUAGCGUAGGGUCAAAAUACUUCUUGGACCCUCUGAAGGCUUGUGGGGCUUCAGCUUUGAGUCCAAGGAUUGAGAUCACUCCAUCUCAUGAACUGAUUCAAUCAGGUGGUCGCAGCAGAGAAUCAGAUAUAUUUGUAGAGUUCCUCACAAACUCAGCGGCUACUAGUCCAAGGGUUACACUGCCUGUCCCUGGGUUUGAGGGCUACAGAGAACCGCUUUGCUUGAGCCCUGCUAGCAGUGGUUCUUCCGCCAGCUUCAUUUCCGAGACCAAUUUCUCUCCUUACACAUCACCUUGUGUCUCACCCAAUGGGCCUAAUGAUGACUUGUGUCCACAGUUUCAAAACAUCAAUCCUCAUUAUUCUCCUAGAGCUUCUCCAAUAAUGUCACCACGAGAAAGCAUGACAGAGGACACCUUCCUGGGACCACAUUCUCCAUCGUCUCGCCCAAGAUCACGGUCAUCAUCCCCAGGCUCAAAAAGAAGGUCGCCUUCACCACAGCCUUCACCACAGGUCCAUUUACGGGACGAUAACUCAAGCCUGGGUUUUUCUCACUCUUCCUCUUCAACACUUAUGGACGCCAUGAAUAGCCUUGUUGCAGACCAUUCAUGUGGUGUCCCACCGAAAAUAUGGAAAACUAGUCCAGAACCAUCUCCAGUGUCUUCCCAUAAGAAUCUGCCUUGCCAUAUUUAUCAGCCCACAGAAUAUUUGGGCCCUUAUGAAAAGGAGGAGAGACAAAAUGUGGAUUCUGGGUCAAUCCUACUGAUGCCGCCUUCGUGGCCAAAGCAGCUGGUUCCUGCCAUGCCUUACUACAGCAUACCCGUCACCUCCCUUCCUCCUCUUGAGUGGCCCUUGCCAACUCAGGUUGGGUCUUACGAACUCCAAAUAGAAGUGCAUCCUAAGCCCCAUCAUCGUGCACACUAUGAGACGGAGGGGAGUCGUGGAGCCGUAAAGUCACCUAAUGGGGGUCAUCCAGUGGUUCAGCUUAAUGGCUAUAUGGAAAAUAAGCCUUUGGGCCUUCAAAUCUUCAUUGGGACAGCAGAUGACCGGAUCCUAAAGCCUCAUGCUUUCUAUCAAGUGCACCGCAUCACCGGAAAGACAGUGACCACCACCAGCUACGAGAAAAUUAUUGGCAACAACAAAGUGCUGGAGAUGCCUUUGGAACCAAAAAACAAUAUGAGGGCAAUAAUUGACUGCGCAGGGAUCCUGAAAUUAAAAAAUGCAGACAUCGAGCUGAGGAAAGGAGAGACUGACAUUGGGCGGAAGAACACACGGGUGCGCCUGGUUUUCAGAGUCCACAUUCCAGAGGCAAAUGGUCGGAUUGUGUCCCUGCAAGUGGCUUCCAACCCUAUUGAGUGCUCCCAAAGAUCUGCUCAUGAGCUCCCCAUGGUGGAGAGGCAUGAUAUCCACAGUUGCCUGGUGUACGGAGGGCAACAGAUGAUUCUCAGUGGGCAGAACUUCACUGCUGAGUCCAAAGUCGUAUUCACAGAGAAGACUUCAGAUGGCCAGCAGAUUUGGGAGAUGGAGGCUACAGUCGAUAAAGACAAGAGCCAACCGAGCAUGCUCUUUGUGGAAGUGCCAGAGUAUCGCAGCAAACACAUCACCUCUCCUGUCAAAGUCAAUUUCUAUGUCAUCAAUGGGAAAAGAAAGCGUAGCCAGGCUCAGCACUUCACCUAUCACCCAGUGCCAUCUAUCAAAACAGAGCCUCUCGAUGAGUUCAAUCCCUCCAUCGUUGGGAGCAACAUACACAGUGGCCUAGGAACAGUGUCGCAGGCCUACUUUUCCCAGCAUUCUAUGGCUAAUGAUGCACCUUCUUGUCUGGUGGCCAAUUUGGUCUCAUGUCAACAGGCAAGAGUAAGUCUUCCAUCUCCAGAAUCCAGGUAUCAUCAGCAGAAUCCCUCGACUGUUAUGUACCAAAGAAGCAAAAGCUUGAGUCCAAGCCAACUAGGCUACAAUCAGCCACAACUAAUGGCCUCACAGAUUGCAAUGCCAGAUGCCAUUCCUGAUGCCCACAGAUCUGUCCUUGUCCAUGCUGGUUCUCCAGUCCAGUCUGUGCUCCACUCUUCUGCCAAUCCACAGCUAUCUCCUGUAAUUCACUAUUCUCCAACCAAUCAUCAGGUGAGACAUAGAAGUCACCAGGACUUCCAACACAUAAUGUGCUCUGAUCAUUUUGCAACAAGUCCUACCAGAUCCAGUCAGCCACAAGUCAGCCAAGCCCAAAGAAUGAGCCCAAAUCCCUUCCAGAGUGUGAUCCAGCAACAGUCAAACAGCCCAAGAGCUUCAAAAAAUGGUCCCCCCAUUCCAGAUGAAAAAGAGAAUGGCCCAGGUGGAGUAACGGUGAAGCGGGAACAGAAUUUGGACCAGGCUUACCUAGAUGAUGAGCUGAUAGAUACAAACCUUAGCUGGAUACAAAACAUAAUAUGAGGCAGAGGGACAGUGAUCUAAGAUGCAAGAAAUGACAGUCCAAGUAAAUGAAAUAAUCAGGAAGGAGUUUCCGGGCUUCCCUGGCAGGAAUCAAACCUAGAAGAACUACAGCACCUUUCACUGAACGCUUCCUCGGUGACCUUUCUGGUUUCAUCGCUCGCCCCCCCAACCACCUUCUGUUUCCUCUCUGUCCGUUACCACGACAAGAAACAAUAAGCUUGACCGCAACUCGCCUUGGCGAUAUAUAGCAGCUCGGCACGUUGCUUCUGUAAACAUCAAAGGGACUGUCUUCCCUGAUUCGCUCGUAAGACUAAUUGUUCUUUUAUAAUAAAACGCAGAACGAGGGCAGAGAUAAAUGGUGAGAAUUGUACGGUAAAGGGGGUUGAUUGUGGAACCGCCAUCUGUCAACUAAAGUCCUUUGAAAUUUUCAGUUGCGGCCUGGCAUUCUGUGUCACCUUAAAAUGUAUAGGACACAUGCUGCCAUUUAAAGGCCAAUGGAUUGUAAUCAAAGAAACAAUAAACCACAUUAGUAUGGCUAUUAACCAAAUUGUUAGCAUCACAUUAAACAUUUAAGUGAAUUGCUUACAUUUAUUUACAACGCCUGGCUAUUAGCUGUCUCUACAAUGGAAGCAGCCAUUUUUAUUUUGUGUAUUGGCUGUUGUUGAUUUUUUUGUCCUGUAGAGGGAGCUCCCAGUCUACCAAAGUGAUUUAUCAAUUUUUUUAAAUUGCUUCUACCAAAAAGUGCCCCUUUCCAGCUCCCAAACCACAUAUUUGUUCCAGAGUAGUGCAGCGGGGUUGGCGGCCGCCAUCUUUUGCCACAUCAUGUCUAGCGCGUUUCCCAGCUGGCAAAUAAAUUCGCGAAACUGCUGCAAAAAUUUGCCUGUGUCUAAAAAAAUUUUGCAGCAGUUCCGAAAAAUCACUCGCGCCAAAACCGUCGCGCGUCAACAUUAUUCAAACGCCCAUUGACUUUAACAGAGGCGUCAAUGCAUUCGAGUUUCAUAGAUUUUCCACUGUUUUUCGCGGGAAAUUCACAAAUUUUCCGGCGAUGCAAAACAAAUUCGCCCAUCACUAGUGGUACAUUGUUUUUUUAAAAUAGAUAAUGGAGCUUUAUUCUCCUUUGAAUCGAUAUAGUGAGUAAAGAGAGAGGUGGGGCUUAUCUCACAAGCAAAGGAGUGGCCUGAAUUAGUGAUGUGCCCCUGCCCGAGUCAGACUUCCGGCUUCCAUUUUUAGACCCUGUUUUUUUUCCCACCAUUGUAACUAGGGUUCUCAUGGGGGAAUCUCUAAGAGCUGAUGUAAAUACAAAGUGCAGAAAUAUGUUAUUUAUUAUGUCUAAUCAAAUGUUUAGAGUGAUAUAAAUGUAACUAAUUUGCUUGUUUUAUAGAAUAUAUAUAUAUAUAUAUAUAUAUAUAUAUAUAUAUAUAUAUAAUAACUGGCUUUUGUAUAUUUCUGUGACAUACGAUGCGAUCUGUCAGAGGUGAACUGUUUAACUUUCCCCUCAUUGAGGGUUAAUCGGAUAGAGGUGCCAAGGGCUGUUUCUUUGACAGACUACAUCCUAUUGGUUGGUUCCCUAGAAGAGGCCUUUAAAGGAAAACUAAGCCUUAACUUUUUCCAAUUAAAUCAGGAUUUCUUUUCUAAAUAUUUCAUAUUAAGUCCCACCCACUGUGAGUCAAACUCCCAGGGUGUUCUGGUUGCUUGAGUCACAGACUACAGGCUCCUCCCCUGUAAGCUGCCUUCAAAGUGUUCUAGUGUUUUCCACUUUUGUAGUUCAACUCUGGCCUGCUCCCUGAAAGCUGCUAUAGGGUUGGACUUGGGGGGGGGGGGUGAGCCCCACCAGAGGGACCCCCAAUCCCCCCGCUGGUGCCCACUAUCCCGGGCAGGGAUCGGGUCUGGGUCGGAGGGCCCAGUCCAACACUGAAUUAUAGUAUAUUUGUGGGUGGGAGUAGAACACGCUGACAGUUUACAAGGGAGGGUCAAGGAGUCUGUGACUGAAGCAGUGGGCUGGACUAGAACUUUCUGAUGGCAGCUUACUGAGCAGGACUACUAGGUCUAACUCAAGCACAACAAUAUUAAGCCUGAACCGAUCUACAGUUCUGCUAAAAUAAAUUGGACUUUUGUUCUCCUUUAAAACACCAGGGUGUAGUUUAACUGAAUCUAGAAUCAUUCCCAAAAUAUAAGUAAUUAUUUAUCCAUCACUUGGAUCUGUAACCGAACAGCAGCUCCCGGGCAUCACACCAGACGGUGCCUGUAGACUAAGGGCCCAGUUUCCAUGAAACAGAUCUUAUUUUCUAUAAGAAACCAAUGUUACCCCCCUAUAAUGUACAGAGAGAAGGGGGGUGGCAGCCUUAAUAUAAGCACUAACAUAAAGCAUUUCCAUUAUAUCUGUAAAUGAUCUCUGGUAUAAACAAUAAAUACGAGGCAGUGAUAUACUCAUAGUGUUGCCAUGCCUUGCUAUAGCCGAAAUCUAGGCCUCGGCCUAUUGGAAUAUUAUAUGCAUAUACUCGCCAUCAAUAAGCCUAUUACAUACAGUACAGUCAGCCUUAUUCCAUCCCAUACGCUGCUUAGCUUCAAUAUAGUCCUUGUACAUAGACAUCAGCUAUGCCAUUUGAUUUAUAUAGUGAGAAGGCAAGAUUGUCCGACCUGGGGUAACAGUAUGUGCCACUUUUUACUCUUCUCUUUCCAGAACAUGUUCUAUAUAUUCUAUAUAUUAGUUUCACGCUGUAAUGGGCUUAAUUUCUGACUACAGUUAACUGCGUGCUCUUCCUUCUCUGUAUAUUUGUAUUUUUACAUAUGGAAAGGAGGUGCCAUAUUGUUUCCCUCAGACAGUACAGUAUGA